CAGACCUCAGUAGCUCUUUAGCCUUCAAGUGUGACGGAUGUUAAGCGAUUUCAAUGUUUUUGUGUUGUUAUUAUAAUGAAACGAAAAUAAAGUUUAUAGUUUUAUAAUAUAAGAAGUGUGUAGUGCUAUUAAUAAUUAAAAAUAUAUUAUUAAGCAAUUAAAUAAAAAAAAAAAACAAAAUGGACGAAAGUAAUUUUAAUGAAAGCCAAAAACUGAUGGAGAAAUUUAAUUUUGAUUCACCAAUACAAGUCACGUUAGUCAUAGAAGAAGAUAACAGUCCAAAUACAUUUAUAUCAUAUAGUCAAAAAGCUUCACAAACAUCAAGAAUCCCAACGACUGAUGUUGGCAACAAAUUAAACCAAUCGACAGCUAAAGAAAGGCAGAUAACAAGAUAUAAAAGAACUAAUAAUAAAAACCUUCCAACAAAAAAUGGUUUUAAAGAUCUGAAUACAACAAAGAAUAACUCGUCGUCACUAGACAAAAAUGCAUUAAGAGGAAAAGGCGAAGUAAAAUCGUCAGAUUUCCCAUGGCAUCUUUUAAAUCCGGUUAUAGAAAAUUUAAUUCAUAUUUCAAAAUUCCAUUACCACAAUAUCCUCAGUGUUAACAAACAAAGACCUGAUUACGAGACAUUAAAAUCCGAAUACUUAAUGUUCAAACAUCAUUUUUUCAAUUUGUCAUACAGCACUACACUUGCAUUGCUCCUACCUUAUGAGAAAGACGACUAUUUUUUAAGCAGCUUUGUGGAAAGAAUAAUACAAAUCGCUGAUAUGUAUUCAUGGAAAGAAAUUGCCUAUGAGAGAAUUUAUAUACUUAUACGAGAUUUAUUAAGUUGGACCAACAGUAAAAAAAAUUACAUAAAUAAAAGAUUUGGCCUCUCUAGUAGUACGGCUGAAGCCUUUAGUCCAUCAAUUACUUCACGUCUACGUAAACGUACUGUUAAUCCGAACGAAAAUAUCCAGCGAUUAAAUAUAAGCUCCACAGUAAACUAUUCGAAUAAGUCACAAAAAAAUAAUUUACAACAACCAACAAAUCCAUCUAAAUUUCAAACAUUCCAACGGACCCAAGGAAAUAAUUUAUAUCCAAAUACUGCCUCAACAAUCAGUGCAAUAAAUAAUGAUAGACAAUAUAAUACAGAGCCAACGGCACUGGGUAUUGUAAAUUAUCAAAAUACACGACAAACAAAAGUUUUAAAUUAUGUAUCUCAAGAAAACUGUAACUACGGAACGCCACCAUCAAAGAGGAUAAAACCAAACAAUAGCCAUAACAUAGAAGAAUACAAUACAGAUAUCAUUCAAACGUCUAAAGAUCCAUUAAGGUCAUCUAUAUCAAGAGACAGUGGAUUUGCUAGUCCACCGUACAUAAAUUCUCCAGACAAUGAAUUGAAUCCUAUAUUAAAUCCUGAAGAGGUUAUCCCAAUUAUAUCUCAUGUAACGUCAACAAACCCAAACGCCGUUAACAUACAGAGCGGCAAUUGUGUAGUCUGCCAAAGCGUAACUAACAAAAUGUGUAUAGGUUGUUACCAAAAAUAUUACUGUUCUCCUUAUUGCCAGGAACUGGAUUGGAGUUUGCACCAGAUGGUCUGUAAAAAUAAAUGAUUAAAAUAGAAA